CGAUUCUGUGUUUAAUUUUAAAUUGUUGUGUUUCCCCAUUCAACAACCGUGAAUUUGCCUUGCAAAGCACGUUUCGUCAAAGUUGAUGCUCUCUAUAAAUACUCAUACGCCGUUUUAGGCUCUUCUCUUCUCUGCUCUCUCUCUCCCCUCUCGUAUCUUGAUAUUUAUUUCGCUUGAUUCUCGUUCUCUGCGAUUCCUUGUGCUCUCUGUUUCUUAGGUAUCAUUAUAUAUCCGUUGAUAUCCUCUCCUUUUCCAUAUACCGACGCGUUUGGUUGCUGAGAAACAGCGGGAAAAGCAACAUUGAAAUAGGGCAGCCACCGCGUUUUAUAAGAUACUGAUUCUUUGACUUUCGCUGACGGCUUUUCGUCGUUGGUAUUUCGAUUGCUCUUGAAGGGAGCGGUGAGAGCUUCUUCGUUCAUUCGCUCUAUCGGCUUGCGAAUUAAAAGGGUGGAUAGUUUGUUUGAGAUUCGAAGGUUGAACAUACUCGCUCUCAUAAUUUUCGUUGUGCAAGUGAGGCCUUCAUGUUGCACACAGCAGCUAGGGAGAUGAGAAGGUUCAGUUUCCAGGAAUCUUCUGCUUGAUGGACUGCUUGCCAAAUAUCAGUGACAAAAAAACUCUGAAGAGGUGAUUCUUCAUUGACAAAAGAGUUGGCUCAAGAGGAAACAGAGAUUUGAUCUUGAAAAACCAUCUAGUGCAUUGCCUUCGUUAAAUUUGCUUUGUUUUGACACCAAAAACUGCAUUUGAAUCUGGAUCCCAUGGAACUGAAACCAAAUAACUCGGCUCCUGUUCUCACCGACUCUGCACCCAUAAGCAAGUCGAGACUAAGUGGACGUUCUGGUCUCUUUGCAUACCCAGCCCAAGGAGCAUCUUUUUCCCCUAAUUUAAUCCUAAACAUUCCUAGAAAGAAAACAGGAGUACUUGACGAUGUUCGUUCGAGCAGUUGGUUGGAUGCCAUGAAAUCUUCAUCUCCUCCUCAUAAGAAGUUUACGAAGGACAUUAACAAUGAGCUUGCCUCGCCUGAUGCUGAUUAUGCUUACAGAACCUGGCUGCUUAAUUAUCCAUCAGCACUUAUAUCUUUUGAGAAGAUUGCAAAUAAUGCAAAAGGAAAGAGAAUAGCAUUGUUCCUAGAUUAUGAUGGGACACUUUCACCAAUUGUGGACAACCCUGACUGUGCCUUCAUGUCUAAUGCUAUGAGGCAUGCCGUAAAAAGGGUCGCAAAAUAUUUUCCAACUGCAAUAAUUAGUGGAAGAAGCCGUGACAAGGUAUAUGAGUUUGUUGGACUAACUGAACUCUACUAUGCGGGAAGCCACGGGAUGGACAUCAUGGGUCCUGUUCAACAAUAUACACCCGAUGGCCACCAAACCUCUGUUUGGGCUACUGAUCAGCAGGGAAAGGAAGUCAAUUUGUUCCAGCCUGCUAGUGCAUUUUUGCCUAUGAUUGAUGAGGUGUUUAGGUCUCUUGUUGAGUGUACGAAAGAUAUUAAAGGAGCAAAAGUUGAAAACAAUAAAUUCUGCAUUUCUGUGCAUUACCGUAAUGUUGAUGAAAAUAUUUGGACAACGGUUGCCCAUUGUGUACAAGAUGUCAUAAAGGACUUCCCACGUCUUCGAUUGACUCAUGGGCGGAAGGUUUUAGAGGUGCGUCCUGUGAUCGAUUGGGAUAAGGGAAAAGCUGUCACAUUUCUGCUCGAGUCUUUAGGGCUAAGCAAUUGCGAUGAUGUGCUCCCGAUAUAUGUUGGUGAUGACCGGACGGAUGAAGAUGCAUUUAAGGUCUUGAAAGAGGGGAACCGUGGUUAUGGCAUUUUAGUGUCAUCCGCGCCUAAGGAGACCAAUGCUUGCUACUCUCUCAGAGACCCACCAGAGGUGAUGGAGUUUCUCAAUUCUCUGGUAGCAUGGAAGAAAUCGAGUGCAUUAUGAACAUAUAUACACCAUAACUUGCUGGUCUUCAUCAGAGCCAGUUGGAUUAUUAAAGAUUUUGUCUCUCUCAAUUGUAAAUUCGUUGAUCAAGUAAUCUUAAUGUUUAGAACGCCUUCAUCAUGUCCUUAUCUAUCCACUGUCCUAAUUCUUCAUUUUUUUCGAUAUCUUUAUGGUAUUUCUUCAGUUUUGAUCAUUAGUGUUCCCAAUAGGGGCCAUCAUGUAUACACAAUUGAGAAUUUGUUUGUUGAUUCUUUGAAUGAUAUAUAUAGAGGUACAUGCUUUUA